AUGGAUUUAUCUAUUACCGAUUGGGACCGAAACGUCGAACUCCGGUUCCAUGAGCCACAAUGCGAUUCGGACACACCAUCUUUCAGGAUCAUGAACGUUGCUCUGAAAAUUCCUGGGAGGGAGUCUGUCAAAACCGGUCAUGAAGCAAUUGUGGUCACUUGGACCCAGUCAGCAGUAAAGGCAGGACAGAUAGCACAAGCCGAGGUUCAAAAGUUCGGGUGUUUGAACAAUCUUCUCAACGAGGCAACCUCCAAAGGCCUAGAUCAAACGUUCAAGCUGCUUGUACCCAGGACGAAGGGAUAUAUCAUGCGCAGCAAUCUCUUCGAAAAACGACUGCGUGCAGCGCAGCAUAUACGGAGAAUUGCGGGGUUCGUCAGUCCGGGAAAGUUCGUCGCGCCUCCUGGCUUUUGA